AUGGCGCAGCAGCCUUUGCCCACCACGGCCCAGCCGACCGAUAUUUACGGUGGAGAUGAGGUAUCGGCCCUCGUGCUCGAUCCCGGCUACUGCACUACCCGUGCAGGCUUCGCCGGUGAAGAUGGUCCCAAAUCCGUGCUGCCCUCGUUCUACGGCCAUGUUACGACCGACCCUCCCCGGGACGUAUUCGGCGACGAGUGCCUCAUCCCACGCGCCAACUUCGAGAUUCGCAACUACAUGAACCGUGAUGGCCUUGUGGAGGACUGGGAUGUUGCCAACAAAGUGUGGGAGCACAUGCUGAUCAAGCGGCUGCAACCCGAGCGCCCCACGCACGCGUCGAAGAAUGGCCUGAACGACGAGCCUAAGGAAGCAGACACAGAAGGCGAUGUCGCGAUGGAGGAGGCCGAGACGCAAGAAAAGCCUCUGCAAGAAAACCCCCUGCUCAUUACAGAGGCGGCGUGGAACACGCCAAAGAAUAGAGAAAAGGCCAUUGAGCUGGUGAUGGAGAACUGGGGCUGCCCCGCGUUCUGGCUUAGCAAGACGCCUGUUCUGGCUGCUUUUGCUGCUGGCAAGGCUACUGCUCUUGUCGUCGACGUUGGCGGCGCCAACACCUCUGUCACUGCCAUUCACGAUGGCAUGGUUCUGAAGCGCUCGGUCCAGCGCUCACCUGCUGGCGGUCUCUGGCUCUCCUCCCAAAUCCGCAGCUUGUGGCGAAGCUCGGAGCCCCAGAUCAACCUAGUGCCCACAUAUCUGGUUGAGAACAAGACUGCCGUCGAUGCCCUGGCACCCGCACAGUACCGCGAGCGCAAAUUCCCCUUCCAAAUCAGCGACUCGUUCAGGCUGUACGAGGAGGAGCGCACCUUGACCGAGUUCAAGGAGUCCGUGGUCGAGGUGUGGCGCGGACCUGGCAAGCUUGGCUCUCCCGGCAACGAGGACUACGUUAAGACCCAGCCCGGCCGCGUGUUCGAGAUGCCAGACGGCUACAACCAGAUGUGGCGGGAGCAGCGCUUCAAGGUGACCGAGGGCCUCUUUGACGACAACGCAGGCCUGCCCGUGCCCGAGUCGGAGCGGCUCGUCAAGGGCCAGACGAUCCCCGAGCUCAUCAAGGCGUCGCUCAGCGCUAUCGACGUUGACCUGCGCGGCAACCUACUCGCCAACGUGGUCGUGACGGGUAGCACCAGUCUGAUCAACGGCUUCAACGAUCGUCUGAACAAUGAGCUGACAGCCAUGUACCCCGGCCUCAAAAUCAAGAUCCACGCCGCCGGCCUGACGACUGAACGCCGCUUUGCCCCCUGGAUCGGCGGUAGCAUCCUAGCCAGUCUAGGCACUUUCCACCAGAUGUGGAUCUCGAGGAAGGAGUACGAGGAGAAUGGUGCCAACAUUGUAGAGAAGCGCUGCAAAUAG